AUAUAUAAACAGCAUAUACAACCGAGUUUAUAUAGAAGAUAGAUUUAGCAGACAUGAAAAGUAUGAGAAAAAUGUUGUGCUUGAUUUUUCUAUUAACUGUAACUGGAUGCUGUCUAGCCAGUGACCAGCCAUGUAUAGACUUUGGAGGCCAAUGCCAGCAUGACAGCAACCCUUGUAGUGGUUCAUAUCACUCAGGGAAAUGUUCAGGAAGUGCAUCCAACCGUUGUUGUACACUAGCCGGUGACCAACCAUGUAUAGAUUUCGGAGGCAAUUGCCAAUAUGACAGCAAUCCAUGUAGUGGUUCAUAUUACUCGGGGAAAUGUUCUGGAAGUGCAAACAGACGUUGUUGUAAAACAACAGCAGUUGCCGGUGACCAACCAUGUAUAGACUUUGGAGGCCAAUGCCAGCAUGACAGCAACCCAUGUAGUGGAUCAUAUUACUCGGGGAAAUGUUCUGGAAGUGCAUCCAACCGUUGUUGUAAACCAGCAGCAGUGCACGUUGACCAGCCAUGUAUAGAUUUAGGCGGUAGCUGUCAGGAUGACAGCAACACAUGUAGUGGUUCUUACUACUCAGGGAAAUGUACUGGUAGUUCAAACAGACGUUGUUGUAAAACAACAGCAGUGGAACAUGAUACUGGUGACUGCUCUGAUGUAAAAAUAAUAUCACGUGACAGCUGGGGAGCUCGAAGACCAGGAAGUAUAUCGACAAUAUAUACGCCAGUUCCCGACUUCUUUAUACAUCAUACUGAUGGUGGAUAUUGUUCAUCGUUUUCUACAUGCAUAUUAGUAAUGAAAGGGAUACAAAAUUAUCACAUGGAUAGUCGCAACUGGGCAGACAUUGGUUACAGCUUCCUUGUUGGUGAAGAUGGAAAAAUCUAUGAAGGCAGAGGUUGGGAUAAAGUAGGGGCCCAUACUUCGAACUAUAACAGCCGUGGGUUAGCCGCCUCAUUUAUGGGAAAUUUUGCCACCCGUGCUCCCAAUACUGCUGCUCUAAAUGCUGUUAAAAAGUUGAUCCAAUGUGGAAUCACUAAAGGAAAAGUUUCAUCGUCUUACGCUUUGUUUGGACAUCGAGAUGUUAGUACCUCUUCAUGUCCAGGCACAGCUUUGUACAACGUCAUCAAAACAUGGCCUCGUUUUAAGGCACAUGCUCCUUAGAAAAACUAGUUACGCUUUCUGAUUGACUAUUUCUACCAUUAAUAAUAUGAUACGAUUUAUUUAGUACAAUCAUUUAUCUCUCUGAAAUAUGAACUUUGGAAUUGAAUAUCGCUGUUCAGUUGGUGAAACACAAAAUGUCGAAAUUUUUAAACUCCUUUCAUUGAAAAAAUGUCAUUCUAAAACAACAUUGUCCGUACGUUUACUAAUCUGUUUGUUCUAGCUUAUAUAAUUGUCAUUAAAUGUUACUCAGCUUUUGAAUUUAAGAAUGCUGUUAUUUUUCCACUACUACUGUAAAAUUUUACCAAAUAAACUCAUCAAAGAUAC